GUUGGUGUUGCCGGUAGGUUGUUUCGCAAGUCUCGCUAAAAAAUGGCGGAAGCCACAGGUGCGUCAAGUGUUAAUCCAAAUGCCGAAGUCGUAAGGGGACAAGUUUUUGAAGUAGGCCCACGCUACACAAAUCUGGCCUACAUCGGGGAAGGAGCCUAUGGCAUGGUCGUCUCAGCACUGGACACGGUGACGAAGACCAAAGUGGCAAUAAAGAAGAUAUCACCAUUCGAACAUCAAACCUACUGUCAGAGAACGCUCAGGGAAAUCAAAAUACUUACCAGGUUUAAACACGAAAACAUAAUUGAUAUUAGGGACAUACUUCGAGCAGUCACGAUAGACCAAAUGAAAGAUGUGUACAUCGUACAGUGUCUGAUGGAGACUGACCUUUACAAACUCUUAAAAACACAGAGACUGAGUAACGACCACAUAUGUUACUUUCUUUACCAAAUCCUUCGGGGGUUGAAAUAUAUACACUCGGCGAACGUACUUCACAGAGACUUGAAACCUAGCAACCUACUUUUGAACACUACCUGUGACCUCAAGAUUUGUGAUUUCGGUCUAGCAAGGGUAGCAGAUCCAGACCACGACCACACAGGGUUCCUCACAGAGUACGUGGCCACGAGAUGGUACAGGGCGCCUGAGAUCAUGCUUAAUUCGAAGGGCUACACAAAAUCGAUAGAUAUAUGGUCGGUGGGAUGCAUUUUGGCGGAGAUGCUGGCCAACAGGCCGAUCUUCCCCGGUAAACACUAUUUGGACCAGCUGAACCACAUACUCGGGGUGCUGGGAUCCCCCUCGCAAGAAGACCUCGACUGCAUCAUCAAUGAAAAAGCACGAAGUUACCUGCAGUCACUACCGUACAAACCGAAAGUCCCAUGGGUCAAGUUAUAUCCCAAUGCCGAUCCCAAAGCCCUGGACCUUCUGGACAAAAUGUUAACGUUCAAUCCACACAAGAGGAUAGGGGUGGAGGACGCCUUAGCACACCCAUACUUAGAACAGUAUUAUGAUCCAGCUGAUGAGCCUGUUGCAGAGACACCAUUUAGAUUCGACACAGAGUUGGACGACCUGCCCAAGGACCACUUAAAGAGGUUGAUAUUUGAGGAGACGUUACUCUUCAAACAGCGGCAACACUCGGACAGUCACCAAGCGAUGGCUACUUCAUAGUUAUUUGAGAUAAGUGUGUAAGAGGAAAGUGAUUUAAAUUCAGAUUUACACGUUUAGGUUCCCAUUUACGAGAUAUUAUUUAAUGAGGUGAAGGCAAAAUUAAGCUUUGUCGGUUUCUAGAUUUUAAAAUUAGUAUUGCUUUUUUAUGAGACCGUUCGUUUUAUGGAGCGUUUCCUUUACCCGAUUUGUAACGGUUAAACGAAACGGCCCCGCCGUUAUUGUAUAUGUAAUUGAUUAUAGAUUGUGUAUAUUAUGUUUUGUAAAUAUUGUUUUAUUAAAUUAAUUUUUACAUGAAGUACAGUAUACAAUAGAUUAUAGGUUAAGUGAACACAAGAAACAGAUAUCUAUUUUUGAAAUAUUAGUUUUUCUAAAAUAAGUAAAAUGUGGUUGUGUCAAAUGCACUAAUAUUAAUUCUACACGCAACUUAUCCCUUUAUUACUAAUCUCAAAUUAUGUAUUUAAUGGUGCCAUUCCAACAAGUCGGUAACUAACUUUUACUACUGCGUUUAUUGUCGUAACUUUUAAUUAAUUACGCAGGGGAGGGGGCUGGUUCAGAAACACGCCUAAAUGGAAUAGUAAUCUGUUCGAAUUAUACCUUCAUAAUCGUGUAAAUAAAAGGAAGUACAAAUCUAGGGUAAAAACUUUUUUGGAAUUAUAUUUGGGAGGGAUGAAUAUUUUUGAGAUGCGAAAAGAUGUUACGUUUCCGAGCUAUCCCCACCGCAAAAACUUUAAUUGAGAACUGGAAAGUGUGACAAAUGAAUGGAACACAGCAGCUGUAGUUGGUGAAAAUUGAUGUGGUCGGAUUUUUAUGAAGAAACGUGGGACCCAUACCGUUUUUUAGUUAUCUUGGAAAGGGUUACACAUAUUUACAGUAUAUUUUUUUUCGUAAUCAACGGAUAGAUAUUUUCUUUUCACAAAACUUUAAUUUUUGUUAAAGUAUGAAGUUUGAAAAAAUAUAAUGUUAGUGUAAAAUUAAAGGUCAAAUAAGUUUGCUUGAAUUUAUUUGAUCGUGAAAGUUUAUUUUGUGGGUCCUAAAAAACGAUGUGGGCCCCGUGCUUCAUUAUAUGUACAGGGUGUUCAAAAAGUUUGGAUCCCCCUCUACCUCAGAAAAUACUGCUCAAACAAAA